AUGUUGCCCAGCGCCGAAAGCUUCGAGCUGCAGAAGUGGUAUGUGUGGCGCCGGGGCCGCGCUUUUCCAGUCUCCCAGGUCGGCUACCACCCAGACACCUCGAUCUACGAGGAGCUGCAGGUCCAUCAGUGCUACGCUUCCAAUGGGCCAAUCAAGCUGGCCGCAACGUUGAUUGGCGGCUCGGGCGACUGUCUGAAGCAGGUGGCCGCGGGCGCCGAUGCGCUGAAGAACCCAGAGCCAGGCUUCUUCAUCCUCGGAUCGAAGUCCUACGGCCGCAAGAGCUCUUUCCUUCUGAAGAUUGGUCAUGAGCAGGUGAUGACCGUCCUCGAUGCUCUGACGGCCUCCGCGUGA